AAUAAACAAUCGAGCUUGUAUUCAUUCUUGCACUUGCCGCAAUUAAUUGUCUUAAUGAUGAAUAAAUUAAUAUCUAUAACAAUCUACACUGCAACCGGAUUAAUUACCACAGAAUUAAUUUGGAAACUGUGGAAAAAUUAUUUAAGAGACAAAGUACUGAGUAUUGAAGAUGAAGAUAAAGAUAAAGAAGAUGAAAAUAAUAAACUGAUAAGUGAAGUAUUUUUUUUUGCUGAAGAUUCAAUGGGAUGCCGAGCGCACGCAUCGAGGAAACGACCAUGUGGUUCAAGAUGUCCUAUCAAUUGUAUCAAUCGCAUAAUUCAUUACAUGGACAGCAGUACCAAGACCCUGGAUGUCUGUAUGUACAUCGUAACAUGUCAGGAAAUAAUAAACGCGAUUUCGCGUGCCCACAAGAGGAAAGUAAACGUCCGAGUUAUUGCUGACGCCAGUAUGUCAGAAAAUUCAGCAUGUGGAGAUCAGUUGACGCGUCUGAGACGUACAGGCAUUAAAGUGAGGAUCCAGCGAUCAAAGGCCUCAUUAAUGCAUCAUAAAUUCACCGUAAGUGAUAAGCAGACUCUGAUUUACGGGAGCACUAACUGGACAAUGCAGGCUUUCUUUGGAAAUUACGACGGAAUAAUUAUUACCAACCAGAAAAAACUCGUUUAUCCUUUCAAUGAUGAGUUUGACAGAAUAUGGGAAAGAUUGAAAUAAACUUCCAACACUGACAUAUAUAUAUUUUAGAUGAUAAGUUAAAUCAAGUAUUGAUAGAUUUUAAUUAUCGCAUUAUUUAUACGCUGAGUUCAUUUUGAUGCAGAUCCAAUCACUUAAAUUUUUUCCCCUGACAUUUAAAAAUAUCUGACAAUUUUAAAAAGCAAUUUUUUAAUAUCUCAAUAAAUAUUUGAUGAACGUUAUCAAUCAUUCAUAAGGUUGAUAAAUGAAAUUAAAAUAGCUUGAUAAAAAAUUAAUCAGUAAUUUAUAAUAAUAAAAUAUAAUUUCCUACUCGAGCGGAUGGCAGAGCAAUUUUAAAUAUUAACAGAUAAUUUGAUUUAAACAUCGGGACAUUAAAUGUAUUACUGGUGCAUUUACCUCAAUAUUUAUAGCCAUCUCGUAAUAAAUGUAUGAGUCUAUAUAUAUUUAUAUAUGUUGGGUAAUUUAAAAGAGUUAAAACCAUUUCUUUACACGAUGCGCUCCAUUAUUAUAUCAGUAUUACGACAUGAACUUGAAAAAUAUACUUAAGCAUAGGCCAGUUGCGUGGGUUACUCGUGUCUAAAUGUAUGUGCAAAAAUACCCACACAAUUUGUUAUUAAUAUGCAUAUUAAAUAUAAAUAUACAUAUAUAUUUAUCAGCCGUUAAUUAUUAUUUAAAUAAUUUACCGAGUGCGUGAUGCUGAGAAAAGUAAAAGUUUACGCAGGGAGAGAUUUUCUAAGCCCUGGAAAAUUUGAUUGUUAAUCGUCGAUUAAAUAUAUGAUAUAUAAGAAUACAAUGUAUGUGGAUAGUGAUGGACAUGACAUUUGGACGGCUAUUCCUAAUGCCAGAUUUCUUUAUAGUCGAUGAGAGCAGAAUGAACUCUACAAUCAACACACUGUGAAUAUACUGCUGAGUACUUGGGGGUGUUGCCAUGACAAUCCUGACGUCACGCGCUCACUCCUUUCCUCCCGCUUUUUUCAUCUCAAUUCUCACAAGCUCUCACCUAUUCGAUCUUCUGAAUAUAUAUAUAUACAUGUAUUUUUUAUUUUAUUUAUAUGUAUGUAUACAUUUACCGUGUCUCGAAAUGAUAUUUGUCAUCUGUAUUUUUAUUGUGAUAUAAAAUUACUCGCGGUCGUGGCCAGUAUUUAAAUUUAUAUGUCGACUCAUUUAAUCCUUUUUUAGAACCCAGGGUUUGAUAAUUAUCACACUUUCUCUUAUGAAAUUUGAUAUUUGUUUUACGCACUGUCGUAAUUUUUAUUAUUGUACCCUUUACUCUGCUCGACUUGCAUAAGUAUUAAAUUACUCAAUUUUAUUUAUCAGCUUGUCAUUUCAGUUUCCUAAUUUAUAAUAAAUGAUAAAUAGACAUGUCCGUUUUGCCCCUUAGUUAAAAAAAUUCUGGAAGGUCCGUUUUGUCUGUAAAUUUUAAUUUAUAAAUUUUGCAUGGCCAUCUUUCCCCAACUAAGAUAUCUACAUAUAUUGAAUUUUAAAAAUAUAAUUUUCGCGGGUAAAAAAAUUUAACUGAAAAUAGUCGGAGUAAAUAUAAAAAAAUAAUUGGCCGUUGGUUAGAUUUAAUUAAAUAAAAAUAUCUCGGAUGCAGAUUGAAAAUAAAAAAAAAAAAAUGGGACAUGAUACGAUCUGAUGAAAUUAACCGUCGGUUAAUAAAAUAUGUCACGGGUGGUUUUAAAAUUAAAAAAAGAUCAGUAACUAUUACUGGGUAUAUUUAAAAAUAUUUAGUUAAUUUGGUUUACUGCAAGUUAAAUAAAUGAAGCAGAGCCGAGAGUUUGUACUUUCCGAGUGUGAUUUAUUGUCGUGCUUGAAUAAUUCAUAUAGGAAUUUAUAAAAUAAAUAUUAAGUACUUUUCACACAAUCUAAUAUUAGAAAUAUUUAAAAUAUUGUUAUAUAAAGUAUGAUUUUAUCACUCAGAACGAGAACGAGUGGCUUACAUCGGCUAGUCUGGAUUUAUUUGUUCGCGAUCACCGAUUCGUUAAGCGGAUUCCCCUUUUGGAUAUUUUUUUUUCUUUUUAAUAAAAUAAAGUGAAAGCAAGCGAAUGUUGAUAGUUUGAGAGGAAAUUACGAUAGCGCUUUGGUUAUUUGAACGUUUAAACGUGAGGAUAAUCUCGGGUGUUAAAACCGUUGAUAAAUACCGACUCGAAAUUUAGUAACAAUUUAAUUAGAAUUUAUGGAUCGGUAUAUAUAUUUAGUUUGAGCCGUUGAUUAAAUUAACGGUAGCGUUAAAAAAAGCAUUAUUUAAUCACGUUUAAUUUAAUUAUA